AUUGUUUUAUAUCAGAGUCUUUUAUAUCAAGACAUUUCUCAAAACCAGAAUAUGAUCAGGGUGACUUUUGAACACUGGAAAUAAAUCAUGUACUCAUCCCGGCAGUAGCCCCUGUGGCACUCAACAUUUCCCUGGAAUUUUCUAGUUUUAUUUAAUGUUCACAGUUUUCACAAAAUAGAGUUCUAUGUAUUAACUACAAUGUUGUUGCAUAUGAAUAAACUUUCAAAGUAAAACUCAUUCACUACAUUUUAUCUCAGUCUUCAAGGUGCAAAGACGCUUUACAUGAGUUAAAGAUCAGAGAAAAUAUUCAACAAUGUGACAUUUUAAAAGCGGUUCUGAGAAGGUGAGCAUGAAAAGUUACACGUCAACUAAACAUAAGAUUCAAAAUAUCAUUUAAUAUAUAUAAUAUAAUACAUAUCGUAAAAACUUGGGCUUUGAUUCAUUCAUGCAUGAAAGGGUUAAACUGCUGUUUAAUUCUUCAUCAUCGUUUAUUCUGAAACACUGACGCAGCUUUAAACUCUUUCACUGUUCAGUUGAUCUGAACAACAAAUCUUUUCUUAUUAAACAUUGCAUCAUAUGAAACAGGCAGCAGGUCGCUCAUUAACCUGCUCAGCUGUCAGUCAGUGAGUUUUGGCCCCGCCCCCGGCAGGUGUUGUUACCUGGCUGUGUUUCCUCUCAGUGCUCUCAGAGCACAGGUGUGUGUGUCUCUGUCUCACCUGUCGUCUGUGCGGGUGAUGAUGAUGAUGGACCAGGCGGUCGGCCUCGCCGCCGUCACUGUGCUGGGCGUCCUGGAGCAAGCUUAUUUCUCUCUUCAGGUGAUCUACGCCAGGAGGAAGUACUCGGUGUCUCCGCCCACCACGGCCGGACCGCCGGAGUUUGAGCGAGUCUUCAGAGCUCAAGCGAACUGUUCAGAGUACUUCCCCAUCUUCAUCACUGUGCUGUGGACGGCCGGAGUCUUCUUCAGUGAAGGUCUGUCGUCAGUCUGUGGUUUGCUUUAUUUAUACGGACGAUUCCGUUACUUCCAUGGAUAUUCACAGUCUGCACAGGGACGUCUGGCUCCUCUGUACUUCAGCGCUCAGAUCCUCUGGGUUCUCAUCGGGUUCUCGUCUCUGGGCGUCCUCCUCUCGUUCUGCAGAGUUUACCUGAAUGUGGACCUGCUGCAGGUGGUCGGCUCCGCCCUCGACCUGGUCUGAAGAGGUGGAGGGAAAAAACAAAGAAAGAAACAAACAGGAGAAGAGGUGGAGCAGAGAUGAAGGAAAGUACGGUGCUGGGGUCAGAGGUCAG